UAGUAGACAACGAUUGAAGAGAAGUUCGUGCAAGUGCUGCUGAUAGAGUAUAGAAUAUAUCCGCUCUUUAAAUUACGUGUUAGCGUCGUACACGUCAGAAUGAACUUUAAAAUAGUAUCUUGGAUUUCUGCAAUGUUUUUAUUGGCAGCGACAGCAGAUGAGAUGGUGAAUAUACCAGGAGGAAAGAUGUUGAUGGGAACCAGUGCAGUCGAUGGGAGAGACGGAGAGUCUCCCACCAAAGAGGUUGAACUGGGUCCUUUAAAAAUAGACAAAUAUCCCGUCACAAAUGUGGACUUCAGAGAAUUUGUGAGAGCACAGAAGUACAAAACUGAAGCGGAGACGUUUGGCUGGAGCUUUGUGUUUCAAGACUUUGUGUCGGAGGAGCUGAAGAGCAAAGUCACACAGAAGAUUGAGUCUGCUCCUUGGUGGCUGCCUAUAGAACGAGCGUUUUGGAGACAGCCUGCAGGACCAGGUUCAGGCAUUCGUGAGCGCCUGGACUUCCCUGUGGUUCAGGUGAGCUGGAACGACGCUCAGGCCUUUUGCCAAUGGAAGGGCAAACGACUGCCGACUGAGGAGGAGUGGGAGUGGGCUGCACGUGGGGGUCUGCAAGGUCGAAUUUAUCCGUGGGGAAACAAGUUCCAGGGCAAGAGGACCAACCUGUGGCAGGGAUCAUUUCCUGACGGAGACACUGCAGAAGACGGUCACCACGGCCUUUCUCCUGUCACAGCAUUUCCUCCUCAGAACAGCUAUGGACUCUAUGACAUGAUGGGAAACACAUGGGAAUGGACGUCCACGCCUUUUCCUGGAGCGAAUCAGAUGUACGUGCUGCGCGGCGCCUCGUGGAUCGACACAGCGGACGGGUCGGCCAAUCACAAGGCUCGGAUCACAACCAGGAUGGGAAACACUCCUGAUUCGGCCUCUGACAACCUGGGAUUCAGGUGUGUUGUCGACAAGGGACAGAAACAAGGGGAGAAGAAAGCCGAGCUGUAGCAAAAGACAGAAAAUAUGAAAUGACUUAACAGGUUUAUUCAUUUGAACUGAGCGUUAAUGUUAGUUUGCAGGAACUGUAAUGACUUAGCAGGAAAAAAUAAGGGACCAAUGAAAACUUGAUGACAGACUUGACUGUUGAUGGAUGAUGAUGAAGAGAUGACAGCAGUGUCAGAAACCUGUAUUUCUCCCAUGGAGAACUUAGUUUGUUUGUUUUAAUUCAUGAAUUUGAUAAACACAGCCUUUUAUUAUGAUAUCAAGAAAUAAAUCAUUCCCAAAGGUUA